AUGUGCCAUCCACCAUGUUGCCUUCCGAUUCUUAAUUUCAUUUAUUAUGAUGUGCUCUCCGAUUCCUCAAUGUGCCAUCCUCCAUUUUGCCUUCCCCUUAAUUUCAUUUAUUAUGAUCGGCUCUUAGAUUACUCAAUGUGCCAUCCUCCAUUUUGCCUUCCUCUAAAUUUCAUUUAUUAUGAUCUGCUCUCAGAUUCCUCAAUGUGGAUUCCUCCAUGUUGCCUUCCCCUUAAUUGCAUUCAUUAUGAUUUGCUCUCCGAUUCCUCAAUAUGCCGUCCUCCAUAUUGCCUUCCCUUUAAUUUCAUUUAUUAUGAUCUGGUCUCCGAUUCCUCAAUGUGCCAUCCUCCAUGUUGCCUUCCGCUUAAUUUCAUUUAUUAUGAUCUGCUCUCCGAUUCAUCAAUGUGCCAUCCUCCAUGGUGCCUUCCCCUUAAUUUAAUUUUAUUCUCCGAUUAUGAUCUGUGCCUUCCCGAUUCGAUUCAUGUGCCAUCCUCCAUGAUUCCUUCCCCUUAA